AUGCUGCUCCUCGGGCUGCUGCUGCUGACCCUGCUGGCCGCUGCUCGCCUGCUGUGGGGCCAGUGGAUGCUCAGGGCCCUUCAACUCCCGCCUCUUGUCCCAGGCUUCCUGCAUCUGCUGCAGCCCAACCUCCCCCUCCAUCUGCUUGGCCUGACCGGGAAAUUCGGGCCCAUCUACAGGCUCCGCCUUGGGCUGCAAGAUGUGGUGGUGCUGAACUCCAAGAGGACUAUUGAGGAGGCCAUGAUCAAGAAGUGGGUGGACUUUGCUGGCAGACCCCAGAUACUCUCUUACAAGCUGGUGUCUCAGGCUGCCCCGGACUUGUCGCUAGGGGACUACUCCCCACUCUGGAAGGCUCACAAGAAACUUACCCGCUCGGCUCUGCUGCUGGGCCUUCGCAGCUCCAUGGAGCCCCUGGUGGAACAGCUGACCCAGGAGUUCUGUGAGCACAUGAGAACCCUGGCUGGUGCUCCCGUGGACAUCCAGAAGGAAUUCUCCUUGCUCACCUGCACUGUCAUCUGUUCCCUCACCUUUGGAAUCAAGGACAAAGCCACGGUGUGUGCCUUUCGUGACUGUGUCCGGGACUUGAUGAAAACCUGGGACCACUGGUCCAUCCAGAUUUUGGACAUCAUUCCCUUUCUCAGGUUCUUCCCCAACCCAGGUCUCCGGAGGCUGAAGCAGGCCAUGGAGAACAGGGACCGCAUGGUGGAAAAGCAGCUGAGGCGGCACAAGGAGAGCCUGGUGCCAGGCCAGUGGAGGGACAUGACGGACUACAUGCUCCAAGGGGUGUGGAAGCAGAGAGGAGAGGAGGACCUCGAGCAGCUCCUCGAAGGUCAUGUGCAUAUGGCUAUGGUGGACCUUUUCAUCGGUGGCACUGAGACCACUGCGACCACCCUCUCUUGGGCCCUGGCGUUCUUGCUUCACCACCCUGAGAUUCAGCUACGACUGCAGGAGGAGCUGGACCGUGAGCUGGGCUCUGGUGCCUCGAGAUCCCGGAUCCCGUACAAGGACCGCGACCGGCUACCCCUGCUCAACGCCACCAUCGCCGAGGUGCUGCGUCUGCGGCCCGUGGUGCCCCUGGCCUUGCCCCAUCGCACCAUGCGGCCCAGCAGCAUCUUCGGCUACGACAUCCCCAAGGGCACAGUCAUCAUCCCCAACCUUCAGGGCGCCCACCUCGACGACACCGUCUGGGAGGAGCCACACGAGUUCCGGCCGGACCGCUUCCUGGAGCCGGGCGCGGGCUCCGGAGUGCUGGCCUUUGGCUGCGGCGCGCGCGUGUGCCUGGGGGAGCCGCUGGCGCGCCUGGAGCUCUUCGUGGUGCUGGCGCAAGUGCUGCGGGACUUCACGCUGCUACCGCCCGCCGGCGCCCUGCCCUCGCUGCAGCCCCAGCCCCACUCCGGCGUCAACCUCAAGAUGCAGCCUUUCCAGGUGCGGCUGCAGCCGCGGGGGCCCCGGGCCCCGGGCCUGGGAGGGGGCCAAUGACGGCGCAGGACGGGCGCCGCCCGCGGGCCUCGCUUUCUCCUUUUAUUGCUCCCCGACCAUCCCCUCCCCUCCCCCCUGUAAACAUGAUACUGUGAGAUCGCGGCGGAGAAGGCGUCCUCCGUGACUGGGUGGUGAAGGCGGCCCCUGGCUCUCCUCUCGGCGCGACCCCUCAGUGCUCGGCAGUCGGGCAGGGGCGCCGGAGAGGCGGGCCGCCGCCUCAGCCUCCCUGGGCUGGGGGCCGGUACCUUCUCGGCCUGAGCUUCAUUUCCGUGAAGGGCACAGAGAACUCGAAGCCCUUCCAGGUGUACCAGCUCACUCCCUGGGAAGGAGGUGCGCAAGAG